CUCUUCGACCCUUCACCAAUGUCGUCCCAGCUUGAGCGCUCUUCUUCUCGGAAACGAAGUCGCAACUCGGGUGCCUGUGAUCUUUGCAAGAAGCGGAAGAUUCGAUGCGAUAGCGGACAGACACCCGGAAAUCGUUGUUCCAACUGUGUCAACUCUGGUCAAGAAUGCACGCACGCUGAGAUUAUGAAGACUUUGGGCUCCGCCAAAGGAUAUGUGGAAAGUCUGGAGACACGUCUAGAAAAGAUGGAGCGACUACUCAACAAGUUGCUUCCAGGCAUAGACUUUUCUGAACAGCUGGAGCAAGAAGAAAGCCCUUCACCCAAUUCCGCUGAGAGUCUACCCCGAAAUGACACCGACGAUCUACUCGGUGCGAUCAAGAAACUUACCCUGAAUCCUGAAGAGCAUAGGUUUUUUGGUAAAUCGAGCUCCGUCCGCUUACUCGAAACUGCGUUGGACUUCAAGCACGUUACUCCAUUAAUCUAUGCAUUCCUCCGUUUAACCCUCGUUCACCUGAUAGAACCCGCUAUGCGAGCACCAUCAGUCUCUCUCACCCUUCAAUACCGAAGAGGCGGAAUGAGUACUGGGAUCCAGUCUUGGUUGUGGAUACUUCCAAGCCCAGACGACCAAGACCGUCCUGAAUACACCUUCCCCGACCCCGACCUCCUCCCUGUAUUGGUCAAUCUUUACUUCGCCAACGUGAAUUGUUAUCACCCCAUUCUCCACCGUCCUACUUUCGAACGCAAACUCAAGGACCAGCUACAUCUUCGCGACCACCGAUAUGCUGCCACCCUAUUAAUGGUUUGCAGUCUUGGCGCUCGUCAUUGUGAUGAUCCGCGAGUCUGUCUGGAUGGGGUGGACAGUUUUCAUGCUGCGGGUUGGAAGUGGCAUAGUCAAGUCCGAGUCAUACCAAAGCACCUCAUUUACAAGCCAAAUCUCUAUGAACUUCAAACAAUUGCGUUAUCAAGCAUCUUCCUGCUCGCCGUCUCGCCGGUGGCCUGGAAUCAAAUCGGCUUUGGCCUGAGGAGGGCACAGGAUGUUGGGGCGCACCGCCGAAUGAAACAAAGCCACCCGACAGCAGAAAAUGAGCAGUGGAAGCGGGCGUUCUGGGUACUUUUGUCUCUGGAUUGGAUUGCUGGGACUGCUACUGGUCGACCACUCGCGAUGCAUGAUGAAGACUAUGACCAGGAGCUCCCUAUUGAGUGCGAUGACGACUACUGGGAGCUCCCGGAGCCGCUGAACUUCCGUCAACCAAAAGGCAAACCGUCUGAGAUGAGCUUCUUCAUCCAUCAAGCGAAGCUUUUGGAGAUCCAACUCCACAGGCUCGCGUUACCACAACACUUUACUCCCCACGACAACCCCGCGAUAUUUCCGGAAAACCCAUUCCACAAGUAUCUGAUGCACAGAAUAUCAUCGCAUUUGACUCUGCGCUCAAUUCCUGGCUACUCGAUAUUCCAGAACAUUGCAAUACGAUGGGAUCCUGAACGGAAAAACCCGCUUCACUUCAACCAAUCUGCGCUCCUUCAUGCUGGAUAUUACAACGUCCAGAUAAUGGUCCACCGCCCGUAUAUUCCUGCGCCAGUGGAGGUUUCACGGCCCGGUUCGAUGCCGUCUUUGACAAUUUGCACCAACGCUGCUCGGGCGUGUGCCCGAAUUUUCAGCGCACUCGACAAACUCGGUAUCGAACCCAAUCAUAGCCUGAUCGCUGCUGCAUUCACUUCUGCAAUCGUUCUUCUAUUGCACACCUGGACCGGGAAGCGGUCCGGUUUUGCUUACAAUCCAAGCAAAGAGAUGAACGACGUCUAUAUCUGCAUGAAGACUCUGUCUGCUGCUGAGAAGCGGUAUCAGUCUGCUGGGCGGUUCAAUGAUAUCAUUGUGCGGCUCAUUUCGGUGGGGGAUAUGUCGAACUCGCCCCUUACGAGACCAUAUGUCGAGGAGACGGCGCCGGCGUUUGCGCAGAAGAACUAUCAGCCUCUCAAAGGCUUUGAACCUUCGGCAUUCGUGAACCACGACGCGCAUCACACAAACGUUUCCAACUCGUCCAAGUGGAUGUCGCAACAACUAAUGCGGGACUUCAACGAUUCUAUCGACAAGGUGCAGGCCAACCACCACGCCGUAGCCCACAACGUCGUGACCCCCGACAUUUUCUCGAAUCCGGAGUUGAUGGCUGCGUACAACGGAAGUGCCGCUGCAGACCUGGAGCAGUUGUUGCGUAUGGAGCCUGCAAUGCACCACAUACAGCACGACAUGCUCGUUGACACAGACGCGGACAUCCUAUCGAUGUGGUCAGCAGCACCGUCGGGCUUCCAGCUUGCGGAUUGGGAGUCGUAUCUAAUGAGCAGUGGGAUACCGCCGGAGCUCAACGGCUUUUCGGCGUCGACGCCGAGUGGGUAUACGCCGUCGCCCUCAUCUCAAAGUUAUUUACGUUAA